AUGAACAGGCAUCAGCACCCAACAGGAUCUGCUGGCGACGGCGCCGCCGAAACACCCCAGGACUCCAGCUCUUUAGAACUGAAGGCGCAUCAUGUGACAGUAACGGUCCCAGAGUGCCCCAGCAGCGCUGCUUCAGCCUUCCCAGCUUCAGAACCAGCGGUAGGGCGCAGCAGCCAGGAUGCGGCAACUGCCACCACCGGAAGAGAGAUUCCGGGGGCAGCCGCUAGAAGCCCAUCCUUCGCCGCUCGAGAGUCUGUUUCGACGUCCUCUGGGGAUAGCAGUGCUAGAUUGCGUGGAGAGUGCCUAUCUGCAGCGCCUCCGUCUGGUGUUCCUGUACCGCUGCGCAGCACCUCUGCAGACUCCCCAGUGGUGUCCAGAGUGCCUCAUCAGCGCGUGGUGAGUUUCGAGCAUCCGAACCAUUCAAAGGGAGAUUCAACUGCAGCUGACGCAGGCCGUGUCAUACCUCCAUCCCGGCCAGAUUCACGGCGCGCUGAGAGAGCAGGCAACUCCGCUGCGGCGGAAAAGCAAUACACAACAAGAGGUGUUCAGACCUCAGUACCAGCAGUUCCCCCCGUCGGUGCUUCGUGCACUCGCCACCCUCCUCUACGUGCCUUCUCGCAUUUGCCUGCUUACGAUCGAUGUGUUGUGCCGGAAGACAGCUUCACGGACAAAUGCGGUCGCGGCAAACUGAUUGGUGAGGCACUCUGCGCGCCUGCACACACGUUUGCAUGCCCCUACUGUGCUAGAAUCUGCAUGGAAUUCGCGUGA